CUACCAGAAGCAGAGGCAGCAGGAGGACAUUUUUGCUCCCUGGCUUCAGGUAGGAUUUGGCUAAGAUUUGGCUAAGAUUUUAAACUGAGUGUGGGCUUGGCUCCUGUGGUCAAAGUCUAACUGUUGUGUGACUGUUGUGUUGAAAGAGAGCCAGGUACUUAAGUUGAUUGACAGCAGGCAUUGUCCCCUGUUAAUUGAGUUUCUGGGAAAGCUUUAUUUGCCAGUGUGAGUUUCUGCCAGAGCCUGAUCCCAGAAGGGCAGUUGAUUCUCGCAGAAGCAGAGGCAGCAGGAGGACAUUUUUGCUCCCUGGCUUCAGGUAGGAUUUGGCUAAGAUUUGGCUAAGAUUUUAAACUGAGUGUGGGCUUGGCUCCUGUGGUCAAAGUCUAACUGUUGUGUGACUGUUGUGUUGAAAGAGAGCCAGGUACUUAAGUUGAUUGACAGCAGGCAUUGUCCCCUGUUAAUUGAGUUUCUGGGAAAGCUUUAUUUGCACCUUUACUAACUAUCCUUUGCAGUACGUACAGGAAACAAAGCAACAUAAACAAAUACACAAAAAGGUGGUUUGUUGCAGUUUGCACAUAAAGUGCGUGCAUAUUACUUAACUGUACAAAGAUCCCACUUGGCCACCACGCUCACCAAGAGAUGCAACAAAAGCAAAACAUUCCCAUCACAUGCACCAGCUGUGGCAUGUUCCGCUUUUUCACACAAAAACUAGACAACUACAUCUGCUCCAAAUGCAAACAGAUGACUCUGAUGGAGCAGAGGAUCCAACAGCUCGAGCACCGUAUUAAGACCCUUAAGGACAUUCAGGCACUCGAGCUCUUCUUGGACACUGCACAACACGCUGCUGUAGAUCAGCAGCCUGCAUCACACCAACACCACCAAGACCAUGAUCAGGAACCUUAUGGGGAGAUCAACUCAAAGGUAGACAACCCUCAGGCUUGGAAGGAGGUCACCCAUAGAAGGAGACGCAGGACCAGGCAGCCUCCGCAGAACUCCUCUGCUCAGCUGCAUUUACACAACAGAUUUGAAAUUCUUACAUCAUUAACAUACAAUCAGGAAACACAUCUUGUGGAGGACCACAGUUUCUUAGAUAGCACUCAGUGGACCACCCUGGAUCAAUGCGCAGGGGAUAGCCCUGACGGGGACAGUGCAUCACCACAGUCACACUUAUGUAAUCAUGCAAAUGCUCCAUCCCCAAUCAUAGACCAGGAGCAACAGGAACAUCCUUGGGAGAGUAAUGGGCUCUCGGAUGUAUCUCAAUGGAUUGUCAUUGAUGAAUGCACUGGGGAUGUUGAGGAGGAGGACAACACUUUACACCUACAUGAUUCACUUCAACAGGAACACUCUUCAGGGGACAUACACACUGUCUUGCACAAAAGGGACCCUGUCAAUCCUCAAAGGAAACAGGUCUUGGUAGUAGGUGACUCCCUCCUUAGAGGAACGGAAGCCAUCAUUUCCAGACCGGAUGGGAUGGCUCGAGAAACAUGCUGCCUCCCAGGGGCAAAAAUACACCAUAUCACUCAGAGGCUCAGCAGGCUCCUAAAGCCCCAUCACCCUCCCCACCUUAUGUUGAUUCAUGUAGGUACCAAUGACACCGCUAGGCAUACUUUUCAAAAGAUCACCAAUGAUUUUCGAGCUCUGGGAACAAAGCUAAAACUGUAUAACGUACAUGUGAUCUUUUCAUCCCUCCUCCCUGUUGUAGGACACGGCUCUACAAGGGCCGGAAAAAUAGUACAGGUCAAUAACUGGCUCAGAAAGUGGUGUCAAGAGGAGCAUUUUGGCUUCCUUGACCAUGGUCUACUCUUCCAAGAGGAUGGACUACUGGCAAGCGAUGGGGUGCAUCUCACACAAGUAGGAAAACAUCUUUUUGCACACAGACUCACAAACCUCAUCAGGCGCACUUUAAACUAGAUCCACUGGGGGAGGGGAACAACAGCCUGGCGAACACUAUAUUACCCACGACCACAGGGAACCGCCGAAAGGCUAAACGGAGGGCUGCACAAACACAGCAAGGACCAAGUACAGAGAGCACAAUAAUCCCAAAUAAACAGUUCGAGGGGAGGUCACAGGGGCUUACAUGUCUUUACACUAAUGCUCAGAGCAUGGGAAAUAAGCAAGACGAACUCCAACUCCUAGCACAGCACCACACAUACGAUGUCAUAGGCAUCACUGAAACCUGGUGGGAUGACUCCCAUCACUGGAAUUUAACCAUUGAGGGCUAUAACCUCUUUCACAGAAAUAGAACAAAGGGGAGAGGAGGGGGAGUAGCUUUAUAUGUCAAAAACAGUUACGUUGCAGAAGAAAUGCAAGACUGUAAUCCGGGAAACCAGCUUGAAAGCAUCUGGAUAAGAAUCAAGGGAACCGGGACUCAAAAAGAUCUUGUCGUGGGUGUCUACUACAGACCUCCGAGUCAGGAUGAAGGACUUGAUGAAGCCUUCUGUCAACAGCUGACCAAACAGGCACAAAGAAGAGAUAUAGUAGUCAUGGGCGAUUUCAAUUAUCCCGAUAUCUGCUGGAAAACAAACUCAGCCAAGAGUACAAAGUCCAACAAAUUCCUCACUUGCCUUGCAGAUAAUUUUAUGGUCCAGAAGGUAGAAGAGGCAACAAGGGGAUCAGCAACUCUUGAUCUAAUCUUAACAAAUGUGGAAGACCUGAUCAAUACAGUUGAAGUGGUUGGAUCCUUAGGGGCAAGUGACCAUGUGCUCCUGCAGUUUGCAAUACAAAGGAAUGCUGAAACUAAGACAAGUCAAACACGCAUUCUGGACUUUAAGAGAGCUGACUUCCAAAAAAUGAAGGAAUUACUGAGCGGCAUUCCAUGGACGCCGAUAUUAAAAAACAAGGGAGUUAAGGAUGGAUGGGAGUUUUUCAAAAGUGAAAUACUCAAGGCGCAAAUGCAAACAGUGCCAACAAAGAAGAAAAAUAAGACAAGUGCAAAGAAGCCAGAAUGGAUGUCCAAAGAACUUCUAACUGAGCUAAAGCUCAAAAGUGACAUGCACAAGAAGUGGAAAAGGGGAGAAAUCACCAAAGAAGAAUUCAAAUGUAUAGCCAACACCUGUAGGGAAAAGGUUCGCAAGGCUGAAGCGCAAAAUGAGCUCAGGCUUGCCAGGGACAUAAAAAACAACAAAAAAGGCUUUUUUGCUUACGUUGGUAGAAAAAGGAAGAAAAAGGAGGCGAUAGGGCCAUUGCAAGGAGAAGAUGGGGUGAUGGCGACAGGGGACAGGGAAAAGGCAGAACUACUUAAUGCCUUCUUUGCCUCGGUCUUCUCAGAAAAAGAAAGCCAUCUUCAACCUCAGCAACACGGAAUGGACGAAGGAUUGGGGGAAAUCCAACCCCAAAUAGGGAAACAAGUUGUCCAGGAACACUUGGCCUCUCUAAACGAAUUCAAGUCCCCAGGGCCAGAUCAGCUACACCCAAGAGUACUGAAGGAACUAGCGGAAGUUUUUUCAGAACCACUGGCAAUUAUCUUCGAGAGUUCUUGGAGAACGGGAGAAGUCCCAGCAGAUUGGAGGAGGGCGAAU